AUGACAACGACGGGGAAAAUUGAAAGCGAAUAUUUGGGGAGAAUUAACAUUGUCGUCGUUGAUUGUUCUGGUCUUCAAAAUUGCUGGUAUUCAUCCCACUACUUGAUGAAGAGAAUAAAGAGACGAGCGAAAACUGUUUUAGAAUGUGAACAAUCUCAAGCUACAUUCCUUUUAAAAGGACAGACGUUGGAUGGAAGGUUUGUUUAUUUUAUUGAAGGUUCUGUUAAUAUUCUCAAGCGAUGUUUUGAAUUCCAUUUCGCUCUUCGUUAUAAUGAAAAUGACGUGACCGUUUCUAGUAGCAAAAUUGAUUCAUUUCCGUCGAUGUUCCUUUCGUAUGAGAACUUUUGUCGCUACCCUAAGGGACGUCCGUAUAGACAAAAUGAACGUUAA